GAUGCGGUGAUGUGGGUGGCACUGAAGAGGAAGAUGAGUGUGAAGAGGAUUGUGGAACUCUUUACAAAAGCAGCAAAGAAGGCAUAUUCAGCCUGGUCCUUCACUGAGCAAGAAAUGGAGCUGGGCUUACUGUUUCUUUGGCUGGGAGGAACACGGCUGGCAAGCAUCGCACACAAUGCCUUUGGCACCCCCACUGUCACCACACUUCAGCACAAUCGGCCAACAGAGCCACUCCAUAUCUCGACUGGGCUUCCAACUGCUCAUGAACUUCACCAUAAUGUCUCGGUCUCACUGGUUGCUGGGACUUUUGGUAGCACUGAGCAGCCUAGCGAUGUUCUUGGGGCCUACAUUCUCAUGUUUGACGAGAUCAAGAUUGAAGAAGUUUCACAAUAUGACCCAUCCAUAAAUAACAUUGUUGGGGUAUGUCAUGAGCAUAGUGACAGGUUUGCACUCGAGUAUGCAAGUGCAGACAAAGCCGAUCGCUUGUUUGAAGGGGUCCGGGAUGGAGUCAUGCAUCUGGCAGCAGAGGCCACAAUUGGAGCUGUGGGAUCAUUGUCAUCAUUUGCAAGGAUAUAUGGUUCUUGGCCAAUUCUAAUUUCCCCAACAUGCAAGUGUGAGGGUGCACAAACCCAUGCCAAAUUGAUCAAAAUUGUAAUCGAAGCUUGCAGGAAGGACUUGAAGGGUGCUCUGUACAGCAUUGCAUCUGAUGGUGAAUCACAUCGAGGUGCCGCACUUGCCCAAAUCACACUGAGGGAACCCCUCUCCCACAUGUCCCCCAUCUAUCCGAUACUUUCCCCCCUCCCAUUAUUUAACCAUCUUGUUGGUAAACAUGACAUAACCUGUGAUAAGGACUAUAAGCAUCUGUUCAAGAGGCUAUGCACACUCACCCUUUGCCCAGCAGGCUUCAGCAUUUUUGACACCAUCAUCACUCCGCAAAUUCUCGAGAGACAUCUUUGUCAAAAUGGAAUGUCAUUCACAACAAACUGGGCUUUGCUCAACCCAGCUGAUAAGCAGGCCAUUGAACUACUGAAAGCCAUCUGGGAUCUUCCCUUAAUUACCAACAAUAAGGAUCCAAUCUGGACAGCCCAGCACUACACUCUCCACCUCUUUGGCCGGGUCUGUUUCUGGUUUGUGCGACUGUAUAUCGACAUCACACUCAGUCUUUGGCAGCAACUUGAACAUCUCAGUGCUGCCACACAUUUUCUCCUGAUCCUCUUCCAGGAAAAUCCAAAUAGGGGACGAUUCAUGCCAACACAACUCUACAUUGACAUUCAGAUUGCCAUCAAGAAUGUUUUUUUCUGCAUAGCAAAAGAAAAAACUUACAAUCAGGGGGGAAAAUUCUAUAUCAUUCUCCUCAGAACAGAUCGCCUCGAGAUUUCAUUCAGUAUUCUAUGCACAAUGGUCAGGAAUGAUGCAAACGCUACCACACUUCAGCUAUCAACCCGAUUAUCGCAUGUCACUGAAAUUCAAAACAUACUUGCUCACCAUCCAGAAUGGGACCGGAGCCCACAGCGUUUGAGGUUACCAUCCCUUCAAGAACUGGAAAAGGAAUCACAGCAUAUUGACCAUAUCACACCCGGACUCUGGAAGGGGGAGGUGAGCGUCAAAGAUGUCCUCCCCUUGACAUGUUGGUUAAAUGGGCAUUCAUUCGCUGUGGCACUUGACAAUAAAAUCCCCCAACUAAUCAACAACAUCACUGCUCAUGAAGGGAUUGACAUGCUCUCACUGUUUGGACAACUGAUU